UCUCUCUUCAACUCAGAAACAAAACCCUAGAAACCCUAACUCUGACAAAACCAGAAGAACAUCGAAGCGAUGGAGUCAAGCAUCGAAUCUAGAAAACACAAGCAACAGCCAUCGGAAUACGAUCCAUUUGGCGGUAUAUUCACUCGCAGUCGUUCUCAGAUCUACUUCCACCGUCACAGAUCUGGUUACGCUCAAUCUGGCUCCAUUUGGAGACGUAAUAUUAUCAAAAAGAUAGUAAAACAGCAACAAUUGGAAGUUUCAGUAGAUCUGGUUAUGAAUCAAGUGUCGGUGAAGGAUCUUCACAUGAGGAGAGUGUUUUCUCCUACUACGGAUGGUUCAAACGAUUUAGUAAGCAUCAGAGAAGUGGAUUUUGAAGCUGAUUGUAAGAAGGAUGAUGGAAACCCUAGUGUUUCGGUGUCUGAAGCUGAAUUGGGGGUUUUUGAACAUGUUGUUGUUAAUUUGAAAUAUAAUAAUAAUAAUGUUACAGAAGGUGAAGGUGUUGUUGUUCAGACGAAACCGAUGGUUGUAGAAGUUGAAGAGAAUAAGAGUGCCGGAGAAAAGAAUGAGAUGAGUUCUGUUAUGAAUGAAGUUGCAGAUAUUAAAAGAGUUAUGAAUAUGAAUGAGAGUCAACAAUUGGUAUGUAACUGCUGGAGCAACUUGGCUAAACAAAGCGUUUGGUAAAGUGGCGAAGGCUGGGCAAGUUGCAGGAACAAAAACUCGACAAAAAUGGAAUUUAGUAGUCUC